UUGCCGCCGUGGAUCAGCGCCUCGGGCAUCGCGCCCGUAGAACAUGGACAUGGAGGCCGCCAUCGCGACGAUCCAGCGCGCUUGGCGUCAGCGGCGAGAUGCCGCGUGCCUGUGCGCGAUCUGCCUCAGCGACGCCUCGGACCCUGUCGCUUGGGACGGUUGCGGGCACAGCUUCUGUCGCACGUGUGCCGUGCGCUGGUCAAAGGCGUGCAAGGCAGCGAACCAUCCGUUGAGAUGCCCAACGUGCCGCACUCGAGGCACGGCGUCGCCUCGCCCCGCUCUCAAGAUACCGGACCAGCGGGCCGUCAUUCUGCCUCAAGGCGCUUCCGACCUCGUCUCGCGGAACAUAGCAAGCCUCUUUCGCAGGAUGAGGGACCGGACGCCGUUCUCGCUGCCUCCCCCGAUGCGUCGGCGCCGCUCCAACUUCGUCGACGACACCAGCUACUCACGGCGAGUCCUACGAGUCUGACGAGUGUCGGUCCCGGUGUCGGCGGCGGCGCCGCCGGACAGCCCAGCGUCUUUACCCUGGGAUCUCUCCGCUCGGUCCGGGGGUGCGUCGACCCUGCCAUUACCCUGGCGGAGAAUAUUAUUUUUGUUGUAGCAAACAAUAUUGUUUUAUCCC